AUGUCACUCGAACAGCUUGAAGCCAACCAAGUUUCAAUGAGGACAGACAUUGACUCCAUGCAGGCAAAGAUGGAUCAUUUACUUGAGACCAUGUUGCUCUUAGCCCAGAAGGAGAAGGAUGCUGAGACUAGCGCAGAAGCCAGAAAGGUUGUUGCUCAGUUUGGAUCACCACCGCUUAGCAUCCCUGAUGAGACUGACCUUAAUGGUAAUCCUGCCCAGCCUAGAGGAGGACUAACCCCUAUUCCGAUCCCAAUGGAUAAUAUAAAACCCCACGAGAAUUCUGUUGUAUCUGCUCGACAUGGAUCUAUGAUAGGUGAUGAAGAUCCAUAUGACGCCUUCUUCAUGCCACAACCAGCCAAACCUGCUAUUGGAGAUCUCCCGGACCUAGCUGUUGAGAGGCUCCACGCUCUGGAAGAAAAAUUCAAAUCCUUGGAGGAUCAUACUACUCCCGGUUUGGACACUGUUGACAUGUGCUUGGUAACAGGUUUGGUGAUUCCACAAAAAUUCAAAGUCCCGGACUUUGACAAUUACAAAGGGAUCAGUUGCCCUAGAACUCAUCUCAGAGCUUACUGCCGCAAGAUGGCUGCCCACAUCAGUAAUGAUUAA